AUGACCCCGAGACCCAACGCCGACCCUAUAUCUGCCCCCUGGUUUGCCACCCCAGUUCUGCCCAGUACACCCGUCCCCUCCCCCUCCUCCGAGAUUUCCCAUUAUCGAGAGGAAGUUAAACGUCGAUUUGAGGAACUGUGCCCCUAUGAGCAGAGAGCUCUUCUAGAUGCCCAUAAAGUAAAUAUUUUUGGAAGUCCCAAGGUUUUGAUAGAUCGAUUCGUCAGAUUGGAAGUGAGAAAAAAGUUUGGCGAUGUGGCCGCUGAGUGGAAUAAAGAAGUUGAUUCUUCCUACAUCCCUCUGUCCCUUUUAGGCUUUCCCACCCAGCUCUGGGGAAGUUCGUUAAAUCAAGUAAGCCCCCAGAACAGGAGUUCAGAGACCUCACAGAUUGUUGAGUCAUCUCGAACCAACCGUAAGCGAGAAGCUCCCAGAAUUGAACUCCCCUCAGGUGAAUUUCAAGUUACCCUCAGUCAGCCUCGAACUAGUACAAUGGACCUCAGCCCCUCGAAAGCCCUAGAGCCCUCAGUUCCUUCGUAUCCCAGUCAGCCCCACCUAGCCACCCUGACAGUUGCCGGACCACCUAACCUACCCCUUGAGCAGACACCCCAGGACCCUACAGAGCAAUGCCCCCCAAUUCCCCCGGGACCGGAUCAAUCCCUUGGAAAUCCCAGCAGUAGUAAAGAGAAUGCAAAUGUUAAAGAUCUCAAAGAGGAAGUAAUUGAAGAUCCCAAACUCCCUCCCCAGAUGGAUCAAAUCCCCCCACUCAUGUCCCUCAAAAUUCCUCAGCCACCUAUCCUGGAUCAAAACCGUCCCCCAUGUCCCUCAAAAUUCUCCGAUCCUCGUCCUAGAUCCAAUCCCCCCACUCAUGUCCCUCAAAAUUCCCCGAUCUCCGUCCUAGAUCCAAUCCCCCCACUCAUGUCCUUCAAAAUUCCCCGGCCACCCAUCCUGGAUCAAAACCCCCCCUCCAUGUCCCUCAAAAUUCCCCGAUCACCCGUCCUAGAUCCAAUUCCCCCACUCAUGUCCCUGAACAUUCCCCGUCCCCCCAGCCUGAAUCGAAGUCUUACGAUCAGGAGUCUGAAAAGCCCCCGUCUCUUUGAUCUGAAUCCAAUCCCUCCACCUGAGAAUCUUAGAAUCCCUCGUCCCCAUGCAGUUGAUGGAAAGCCCGGUAAAACCAAGUCAGCAUUCCACUUUCACUUAGUAGAAUCAAGGUCACCCCAGCCCCUAGGAAAUUUCAGAAUGUCUCCAAAUACCUCAAAACCCCUUCCAGUUACCCCAGCUAUCCCAGAAAAGACCCCUAGCAUACCAGAACGCCCUAGAAGAACCCUCAAUCCCCCAGGAAUCCUAGGAAUAUCCCACCAUGUCUCCAGAUUCCACAGAAUGAUCCGGAGAGUCCAGAAAUAUCCCCUAGAGUCUCGAAAAUUUCCUGGAAACCCCCAAGUCCUGCUAAAAAUCCCCGAAAACCCCAAUGAAUCACGACCACCCCCAAAAAUUCCCCAAAAUAUCCCAAAAUCCCACAGGUAUCACAGGAUUCAGUCUUAA